GCUCAUCGACCCGCAGGAAGGGUGGAAGAAACUUGCGGUGGAUAUAACCAACCCGUCCGGGGAAAGCAGAUACAGCCAAGUGCACAUAAGGGAACGCAAGGUAAUUACUUCUACUUGUACUGCAGCUCCGGCUUAAGCAAGCCUCAGAAAAUUGACUGAAGAAAUUAGGAUUAAUUAGAACUCCAGACACAGGUACUUUUAGCAAUACAGGACGGGCUGCAUAACUUUCUGUACGCUAAAGACUAGUAGGCAUUGAUGUUACGGUGCCCAAGAGACAGCUGCACUGUAACUCCUAACUCACUGCUUCAAGAAAAUGGCCAAAAACCUGGGGAGCCCGAGGCCUAAAACUCACAAAUUUACUUGAGGAGUAAUGCUUGUAAUAUUUUAUGAGCACCUCAUUGCUUGAAAGGCUUGUUGAAUCUUUGUUGAAGCUGUUUCAAAGACUGAGAUUUUUACAUGCUGUAUAUAUAAUUUUGGGUUUCCAGUCUUAUCUAGUAAUGGUAGUGUUAAAUCUUUGUUUUUCUUUCAGUAAUAAUAUUAAGUCAGAAUGCUGGAUCUCAUUUUCUUCUUAAUGCCCAUCUCAAAAUAUUCAAGGAAAUUUGAGGCAUUUGUACAAAUGGGAAAGAGCCCCACAUGUGAAUUACUUUAUGACUGGGGAACCACAAACUGUACAGUUGCUGAUCUUGUGGAUCUGCUGAUCAGGAAUCAGUUCCUAGCACCAGCAAGCCUUUUGCUUCCAGAAGCUGUAAGGAUGCCACAGGAAGUUACAUUACCUCUUUCUUCACAGGAAACCUUGCCUAUACAUGAGAAACAGUUACCUGUACAAGAAAAAAAGGUGACAUCUGUAAAGCCUGCUUUAGCUCAGAGUACUGAGAAGCAGCAUUCAGAUUCUUCCUACUCAAGUGAAGAAAAAAGCAGCUCACAGUCCAGUAACACAGAUUUCCAGAAUUUUUUGUUUCAUGACUUGGAAAGCAUUACAAAUAAUUUUGAUGUGCGACCAGAAUCAGCUGGAGGUAAUAAACUGGGAGAAGGUGGCUUUGGCAUUGUGUUCAAAGGCUACAUCAAUGGCAAAAACGUGGCUGUGAAGAAGCUCAUUGCUAUGGUCGAUGUUAGCGUUCAGGACUUAAAACAGCAGUUUGAGCAAGAAAUAAACAUAAUGGCAAAGUGUCAGCAUGAAAAUUUAGUAGAAUUGCUUGGUUUCUCAAGUGAUGGUGCUCAGCCAUGUCUGGUGUAUGAAUACAUGCCCAACGGUUCAUUGCUUGACAGACUUGCUUGUCUGGAUGAAACUCCACCAAUUCCUUGGAAUAUGAGGUGUAAAAUUGUUCAAGGUACAGCAAAUGGCAUCAACUUUUUGCAUGAAAAUAAUCACAUUCACAGAGAUAUUAAAAGUGCAAAUAUCUUAUUAACUGAUACAUACGUACCCAAAAUUUCUGACUUUGGCCUUGCAAGAGCAUCUGUAACAUUCACACAGACAAUCAUGACUGAAAGAAUUGUUGGAACAGCAGCCUAUAUGGCCCCUGAAGCUCUGCGAGGAGAGAUAACCCCUAAAUCUGAUAUCUUCAGUUUUGGAGUAGUCUUACUAGAAAUAAUAACGGGUCUUCCUCCAGUGGAUGAAAACAGGGAGCCACAGUUGCUGUUAAGUAUAAAAGAUGAAAUUGAGGAUGAGGAAGCAACUAUUGAGGAUUAUGUUGAUGAAAAGAUGAGUGACUGGGAUGUACCUUCAAUUCAUAAAAUGUAUUCAAUUGCUGAUCGGUGUCUGAAUGACAAAAAAACCAGAAGGCCAGACAUUAAGAUGGUCCAACAGCAGCUGCAAGAGAUAAAAACUUGAUAAUGUAUUUCUUCUGACACACCAGUGUUUCUGUAAUGGAGAAACCAGUACCAAACAUUUAAUCUGUAUUUAGUGCAACAUUAUCAGUGAUUCUGCUUUCCAGAACUUUCUGGACACAUGUAAGGUGAGCUGUUGGCCUGUCAGCAGCUCUUUCACAUUUCCUUGGUCACUGGGCCCUUAACAUGGGAAAACUUUCUUGUAUUAACAAAUUGCAGUGCUGGUACAUCAUCUUCUCCUGCAACUUUUUAAAUGCAUUUCCAUAUUACAAUCUAUUUGAAUCUUUUUAUUUCCAUGUUUAGUAUGUCUGCUGCAAAGAAAUAUGACUGUAACUGGGCAGAAUAUUUUUUCUGCAAAUUGCUUUCUUGAUCAGGUUUACUAGGCCUUUGUCUAUUGAAGACAAAACCAUUUAAUAGCUAUAAUGGUAUUUAAUGUUGUCUUUUUGAGAAAUGACAAUUACCCAAUUUAAACAAGCUUCUACUUAACAUUUUAGUUUGAGAGUUGAUAUUAGAGUGAAUGGUCUGGUACUGUUAGUGAAUGUGAUUAUUAUCAAAAAGUCUUCCUGGUGUUAGUUCUAGUCAAAUAAAGGCUGCAAGACAUUUUCUAGGUUGUUUUUUUAUUUCAAGGAUUCCCAAGCAAAAUAGUUAUCUUGCUGUGCAGAUGCAUUUACACUUGCAAAUGCUUUUUUACAGUGAACUCUAUGAUGACAAACCAUUUAAUUUUUAUUCACAGGAGGACUCUUAGCUACUUUGACUAUUUUAGGAGGAUUUAAUAUUUUUAGUACUUUAGGAGAAGAUUCCAUAUGGAUUAUAAAUACAGAUGGUUGCUUUUCUUAAAGGGAUCAGAAUGAUGAUGUGAAGACCAGUUCUGCAUUUUACUUAGUCAAAUAAUUAAGCUAUUUUUAAUAUAUAUAUAUUUAUAUUAACUAAAUACAAAAAUACACUUCUGAAAGUAUAAAUGGAAAGCUUUUAAAAAUAGAAACAUUGACAGAUCAAAGCAGACUAAAAAUGGAAUGAAAGUGCCUAGUAAGAUUCCAGAUACUUUGAACUAAGUAUGAGCAUAUUACCAUUGUAAAUGAAAGAUGUUUCUUUCAUAUAAACUCAUUUUGCACCUCGUGAACUUUGUUAAUAGCUUAGGGGUAAGAACAUAGUCUGGCCUACAGUUAAAUUUGAAAUUCUGUGAUUAUGUGUGAUUUCAUUCAGGAAUAUAUAUUUUGUUGUAGGAAGCAUGUGAUUUCAAUGUGAUGAUAUCAUUAGAUUUCUGGCUAUUUAUUCAGUUUGUAUUGCCUUUUCAAACUGCUAGCUUAAUUUAGAAAAAAGGAUCUACCUAAUGGCCUCUAGAUUUUUUGAGUAUAAGUUGUAAAAAACUGUUAACAUAGAAAAACCUGCUGCAUUAUUACUUCUUUCUACUAUUAAAACUUUGAGCCUUGAAAAUAAUCA